UCGUCCUUCCUAGAGAGGCGGGAAUUUUUCCCAGCGGGGAAGCUAACGCUGAGCUGAGCGCGCCUCUCUCGGCCUUCCGGGAAAGGAACGAAGGAGGCGGUGAGAUUCUUCUGUGGCUGAGUAUUUCACUGAAGGGGAAAGUGAUCUCCAGGACGCAGGUCAAAGAGCUCUAUCCAAGGAAGUCAAGCUGGAGGAGUCUGGGACUGUGGCCUAUCUGGCUGGAGUCCUUUGAGGAGGGGAAGAUGGAUCUCCAGGAUCCAGGCCAAAGAGCUCUGUCCCAGGAAGUCAUGCUGGAGGAGUCUGGAGCUGCAGCAUCUGUUGAUGAUGGGCAGCACAGUGAGACAUAUCAAGAGCCAUCUGUGCUGUCGUUGAAUACUACCCAGCAUGAAGCAGGAAAAGGAAUAUUUCGGGGGAAACGGGGGCCAAAAUAUCACAGGCGAAACCUGACAAUGAAGAAGGAAUCCUCUGUUUUUCAGGAUACUGACAUUAUUGAACUGCAGAUGUCACAAGAAGAUCAGAAAGAAAAAGAAAGGAACAUUUGUGCUGCAUUUGGGAAGAUAUUCAAAGAUAAUUCUAAAUUGAAUAUACAUUACAGAAUACGCACAGGAGAGAAACCAUAUAAGUGCAUGGAGUGUGGAAAGAGCUUCAGUUGUAGUGGAACACUUCAUAAACAUCAUAAAACACACACAGGAGUGAAACCAUAUAAAUGCAUUGAGUGUGGAAAGAGCUUCAGUCAAAGUGGAAAUCUUACCGUACAUCACCGAACACACACAGGGGUAAAACCAUAUAAGUGCAAUGAGUGUGGAAAGAGCUUCAGUCAUAGUGGAACUCUUACUGUACAUCACCGAACACACAUAGGGGUAAAACCAUAUAAGUGCAUGGAGUGUGGAAAGAGCUUCAGUGAAAGUGGAACUCUGACUGUCCAUCACCGAACACACACAGGGGUAAAACCAUAUAAGUGCAUGGAGUGUGAAAAGAGCUUCAGUGAUAGUGGAACACUUCAGUAUUACACAGAUCCCGUGAUCAUUCUGGACUGUGGGCACAAUUUCUGCCAAGCUUAUCUGAGCCAGUACUGGGAGAAGUCGCACACAGAGGCCUCCUGCGCCUGCCCUCAGUGUAGAAAACGCUUCCAGCAGAGAAACGUGGUCCCGAAUCGGCAGCUGGCAAACUGGAGGGUGGGUGGGAUGUUUGCCAAGCCGUGA